ACCGGUGGGCUGCCCGCCCGCCCGCCCGCCCGCCCGCCGAGGUCCCCGCGACAUCGCGGAGCUGCGGGGGCGACGCGCCUGGGCCCCGGAGGAUGUGACGGGCCCGAGCGGCGCGGAGCCGGGCCGCGGACGGGGUACACGCCAUGAAGCUAAAGAAGCAGGUGACUGUGUGUGGGGCAGCGAUCUUCUGCGUGGCCGUCUUCUCACUCUACCUUAUGCUGGACCGUGUUCAGCAUGAUCCAUCUCGGCACCAGAAUGGAGGCAACUUUCCCCGGAGCCAAAUUUCUGUGCUACAGAACCGCAUCGAACAGCUGGAGCAGCUGCUGGAGGAGAACCACGAGAUCAUCAGCCAUAUCAAAGACUCGGUGUUGGAGCUGACGGCCCACGCUGAGGGCUCGCCCGCACUGCUGCCCUACCACACGGCCAAUGGCUCCUGGGUGGUGCCACCUGAGCCACGGCCCAGCUUCCUCUCCGUCUCCCCGCAAGACUGCCAGUUCGCACUGGGGGGCCAGGGCCAGAAGCCAGAGCUGCAGAUGCUGACGGUGUCCGAGGAGCUGCCUUUUGACAACGUGGAUGGUGGCGUGUGGAAGCAGGGCUUUGACAUCUCCUACAGCCCGCACGACUGGGACGCGGAGGACCUGCAGGUGUUUGUGGUUCCCCAUUCGCACAACGACCCAGGCUGGGUCAAGACCUUCGACAAGUACUACGCGGAGCAUACGCAGCACAUUCUCAACAGCAUGGUGACCAAGCUGCAGGAGGACCCCCGGCGCCGCUUCCUCUGGGCCGAGGUUUCCUUCUUCGCCAAGUGGUGGGACAAUAUCAGCACCCAGAAGAGGAACGCCGUGCGCAGGCUGGUCGGGAACGGGCAGCUGGAAAUGGCAACGGGCGGCUGGGUGAUGCCUGACGAGGCCAACUCGCACUAUUUCGCGCUCAUUGACCAGCUCCUCGAGGGUCACCAGUGGCUGGAGCGGAACCUUGGUGCCACCCCGCGCUCGGGCUGGGCCGUGGACCCGUUCGGGCACAGCUCCACCAUGCCCUACCUGCUGCGGCGUGCCAACAUCAGCAGCAUGCUUAUCCAGAGAGUUCACUACAUCAUCAAGAAGCAUUUCUCUGCCACCCACAGUCUGGAGUUCAUGUGGAGGCAGACGUGGGACUCGGACGCCAGCACGGAUAUCCUCUGCCACAUGAUGCCUUUCUACAGCUACGACAUCCCCCACACCUGUGGCCCCGACCCCAAGAUCUGCUGUCAGUUUGACUUCAAACGCUUGCCCGGUGGCCGCAUCAACUGUCCCUGGAAGGUGCCGCCUCGGACUAUCACGGAGGCCAAUGUGGCCGAGAGGGCCACCCUGCUCCUGGACCAAUACCGUAAGAAGUCACGGCUCUUCCGCACCAACGUGCUCCUGGUCCCACUGGGCGACGACUUCCGCUAUGACAAGCCCCAGGAGUGGGACGCUCAGUUCUCCAACUACCAGCGGCUCUUCGACUUCCUCAACAGCAAGCCCGAGCUGCACGUGCAGGCCCAGUUCGGCACCCUGUCCGAGUACUUUGACGCGCUCUACAAGAAGACGGGCGUGGAGCCGGGCGUCCGGCCUCCCAGCUUUCCUGUGCUAAGCGGGGACUUCUUCUCCUACGCCGAUCGGGAGGACCACUACUGGACUGGCUACUUCACCUCCCGACCGUUCUACAAGAGCCUGGACCGGGUCCUGGAAGCUCACCUGCGCGGUGCUGAGAUCCUCUACAGCCUGGCUGUGGCGCACGCCCGACGCUGCCAGCUAGCCAGCCAGUACCCACUCUCCAACCUGGCGCUGCUCACAGAUGCACGGCGUGCCCUGGGGCUAUUCCAGCACCAUGAUGCCAUCACAGGCACUGCCAAGGAGGCUGUGGUGGUGGACUACGGGGUCAGGCUACUUCGUGCGUUGCUGGGCCUGAAGCAAGUUAUCGUCAAUGCGGCUCAUUUCCUGGUACUGGCAGACAAGGCCACCUACCGCUUCGACCCCGACACCCCCUUCCUGCAGAUGGAUGACAGCCGCGCCAGCCACGAUGCCCUGCCUGAGCUCACUGUGAUCCAGCUGGAUGCUGCGCCCCGGUACGUGGUGCUGUUCAACCCACUGGACCAGGAGCGGCUCAGCUUGGUGUCCCUGCUGGUCAACACACCCCACGUGCGCGUCUUCUCAGAGGAUGGGCAACCCCUGGCCGUGCAGGUCAGCGCCCACUGGAAGUCAGCCACUACCACGGCCCCCGACAUCUACCAGGUGUCUGUGCCCCUCCGCCUGCCUGCUCUGGGCCUGAGUGUGCUGCAGCUGCAGGCGGGCCAGGCCGGGGCCCACUCGCUGGCUUCCUCCACGAGGGUCUACCUCCACGGUCGGCGGCUGUCAGUCAGUAAGCCUGGGGCCUUCCCCCUGCGUGUCCUCGAUGCCGGCGCUGGUGACUUCUCUCUCAGCAACCAGUACAUGCAGGUCUGGUUCUCAGGCCUCACGGGGUUGCCCAAGAGUGUCCGAAGGGUAGACGAGGAGCGGGAGCACUGGCUGGGCAUGGAGCUCCUGGUGUACGGCACCCGCACAUCCAAGGACAAGAGUGGGGCCUACCUCUUCCUGCCUGAUGGCGAGGCCCAGCCCUAUGUCCCCAAGGAGCUACCCGUGCUGCGGGUCACCGAGGGCCCGUUCUUCUCCGAAGUGGCCACACACUAUGAGCACGUCCACCUGGUGGUCCGGCUCUAUAACCUGCCAGGGGUGGAGGGGCUGUCCCUGGACGUGUCGUGCCUGGUGGACAUCCGGGACUACGUGAACAAGGAGCUGGCCUUGCGCGUGCACACAGACAUCAAGAGCCAGGACGUCUUCUUCACCGACCUCAAUGGUUUUCAGGUGCAGCCCCGGCGCCGUCUUCGGAAGUUGCCUCUGCAGGCCAACUUCUACCCGAUGCCCGUCAUGGCCUACAUCCAGGAUGCCCAGAGCCGCCUCACUCUACACACAGCCCAGGCGCUUGGCGUGUCCAGCCUCAGUGAUGGCCAGCUGGAGGUGAUUCUGGACCGGCGUCUGAUGCAAGAUGACAACCGGGGCCUUGGCCAAGGACUCAAGGACAACAAGAAGACCCGUAAUCACUUCCGACUCCUGUGGGAGCGCCGCCAGGUGACCUCCAGCCACCAGGUGCCCGAGCCCCUGACCACCAGCUACCCAUCCCUCCUCAGCCAUCUGACAGCAGCGCACCUCAGCGCACCCGUGCAGGCCCUGCCUGUGGCCCUGGGCCAGACCCCUGGGCCUAGCCUGCGCUCCUUCCACCCGCUGGGGUCCCCACUGCCCUGCGACUUCCACCUCCUGAAUCUGCGUUCGCUGCCAGCCGAGGAGGAAUCCUUGCCCUCAGGGGAAGCCGCUCUCAUCUUACACCGGAAAGGUUUUGACUGUGGCCUUGAGGCCAAGAACUUGGGCUUCAACUGUACCACCAGCCAAGGCAAGGUGGCCCUGGGAACCCUCUUCCAGGGCCUGGACGUGACCUUCCUGCAGCCCAGCUCACUGACCUUGCUGUACCCACUGGCCUCGCCCUCCAACAGCACGGACAUCUACCUGGAGCCCAUGGAGGUGGCCACGUUCCGGCUGCGCCUGGGCUAGGCUGCCCAUUGGAGCCCCAACAUGGAGACACCUGGGCCCGGGUCUCAUCUACCUCUCAGAGCUGGGAUGACUGGCCCGCCCGCUCACUUGUUGCUUCCGGGUGGGAGCAGCUCCCACACUUGGGAUGUCGAGCUGCGCAGAGAUAAGGUGGGGGGCCCUGGGAAGCCUCCAUUUCGGGUCAGGAGGCCCAGGCCCUAGUGCAAUGGAGGAGCCAAGAGGGAAAGGAGUCACCAGGAGGCGCUGCCGCCCAGGGUUGUACCAGAGAUACGGCCACUGUGCUCUGCGGCUGUGCCUGGAGGGAGCUGUGGGUGUGAAAAAACUUGUGCAGGGAGCAGAAACCCCUUUUGGUCCGAGUGCAGACUUGGGGGUUGGUGGUAAGGGUGGGGGACCCUCCCUGGCUCCUGGACUCAGUCCCACUGUACCCAAGUCCUUUCUGGCCCAGGGGUGCUAGGGUGGCACAUUUUUUUCUCCCUGCCAUGGAAGCCCCAGUGCGUGGCAGUGUGGAAAGGCUCUCAGGUCCCUGGCAGCCUGGGGAGC